AUGGAUGAUGGAACUUGUGGUGUUCAAGAAUCAAGUGAUAUGUCUAUAUCAAGCGAUGAUGACAGCAUUAAGGAACGAAAUGAAAACAAUGUGGAAGUUGAACAUCACCAUGGUGAAGCUCAGCCGCAUGCGUUACUUGGAGAACCAGAACUGGGAAUGACCUUUGAUAAUGAGAACGAUGUGCGAGAAUACUACACCAAAUAUGCUAAAGCGAAAGGCUUUGGUGUGAUGAGAAGAAGUUCAAAUACUGAUGCUAAUGGACAACUGAAGUACCUUACACUUUCCUGCACCCGCAAUGGUAAGACCCAGUCCAAAUCAAGAAAUAUGUUGAAGCCAAAUCCAUCAGCCGGGUUAGGAUGCAAAGCUAAAAUUAAUAUUGCUCGUGGUCCUCAUGGAAAGCUUUAUCUUUCAACUGUCAUUUUGGAUCAUAAUCAUCCAUUAAGUCCACAAAAAUCUCAGUUAUUCAGAUGCAACAAAAGAUUAGAUUUUCAUGUCAAGCGAAAGCUUGAGUUGAAUGACCGGGCUGGAAUUCGAGUAAACAAGAAUUUCAAUUCUUUUGUUGUGGCAGCAGAUGGUCAUGACAACCUAACAUUUGGUGAGAAAGAUUCUCGCAAUUAUCUAGAGAAAAUAAGAAGGUUGAAACUUGGCAGUGGUGAUGCUGAAGCGGUUCGUGACUAUUUCAUCAAAAUGCAAUCUGACAACCGAAACUUUUUUAGUGUCAUGGAUGUUGAUGAUGAAUCCCGACUUAGGAAUGUAUUUUGGGCUGAUGCUAGAAGUAGAGCAGUGUAUGACUCUUUUCAUGACGUCAUUACUUUUGACACAACAUAUUUGAUGAACAAAUAUGAUAUGCCUUUUGCUUGUUUUGUUGGAGUGAAUCAUCAUGGUCAGUCAGUGCUGCUAGGAUGUGCUUUAUUAUCAAAUGAAGAUACUGCAACAUUUGUUUGGUUAUUUCAAGCAUGGCUCACUUGUAUGUCAAAUCGUCCACCAAAAGUUGUUGUUACUGAUCAAGCAAAAGCAAUUCAAAAUGCCGUGGAAAUAGUUUUUUCGGAUUCUCGAUACAGAUGGUGCUUGUGGCACAUUAUGAAAAAGAUACCAGAGAAGUUAGGUGGAUAUGAGGAAUAUGAUCACAUCAAAGUUGAUGUUGGGAAGGAAGUUUAUGAUUCAUUAACAAUAACAGAAUUUGAAGUUGCUUGGCUACGUAUGCUUGAGAAGUAUGAUAUUGGUGAUAAUGAAUGGCUUAAAGGGCUUUAUGAGCAUCGACACCGUUGGGUUCCAGCAUUUGUGAAAGAUGCCUUUUGGGCAGGUAUGUCUACUACACAACGUAGUGAAAGUAUGAAUGCUUUCUUUGAUGGGUAUGUUAAUGCAAAAACUACAUUGAAGCAUUUUGUUAGCCAAUACGAGAAUGCUCUUCGUGAUAAAGUUGAGAAGGAGAAUAUUGCUGAUUUCAAUUCUUUCAACUCAACCAUACCUUCUAUCACAAGAUUUGACAUCGAGAAGCAAUUUCAAGCAAUCUAUACAAAUUCGAAGUUCAAAGAAUUUCAAGAAGAGCUAACAGAUAUUAUGUACUGUGAGCGGAAGUUGAUACAAAAAGAAGGGGCAAUAGAAACAUAUUGUGUACCAUGUAUAUUUCAUGAGGAAGAGUUUGAAAUUAAGUGUUCAUGUCGCCACUUCGAGUUCAGAGGUAUUCUCUGUAGGCAUGUGUUAUGUGUGCUCACUCAGAAGAAAAUCAAGGAGGUUCCUCCAAAAUACAUCCUUGAGCGGUGGAAAAAAAAUGUGAAAAGAAAACAUAACUUUAUCAGAUGCACAUAUGGUGGCAUGGACGACAGUCCUGUUGCAAAACGUUUUGAUAGUCUGUGCAAUUCUUUCUACCCAACUGCAGAGAUAGGCGCCAUGUCAGAUGAUUCGUUCAAUUCCUUGACUGAAGAUCUCCGCACCUUGCAAAUUAAGUACACCAGCAACUCAAGUUCUGAAAAGAAUAAGGAUAAGGCCGGUACACAAGAAGAUCAAUUGCAGGAAGAUGCACCUUCUAAUGGGGCAGCAACAAGUAAAAGUUUACUAAGUCCAAUAGCUGUUAGAUGUGCUGGUCGUCCUCCUUCGUUGAGAAAAGAAUCUAAGGUUGAUAGGCUUAUUCGGCAAGCAAAGGAGAAGAAGAAGAAAGCUGAACUAAGGGAGUAA